CGCACAUGCGGAAUCAACGCCUUAACUGUCGGUAGGUCCUUCAGUGGCACCUUCCGUAAAUAAAAACUAAACAAAAGGACAAAUGAGUCAAAAUAAUCACGCGCUGCUGUAUUAUAAGAAACCAACCUAAACACAAACGCCACAACAGACACCAUCCCUCUCCGCCGCCACCAAACUGUCGGCAGAGCUCCGAACAGCCGUGGUGCGCCGAUUUUCCUUUUACUCUCGCGCACAAUGCAGCUCAAAUUUAGCUCAAAUCUGAGCCUCUUCUGCUUCGGCUUGGCCUUGAAACUUGCCCUUCUGCCAACGGCGGUGGGACAACUGCAGCACCACACCCUCGACAUGCAUUGGUAUCCUGGAACCGCCACCUGGUACGGAGACUCCAACGGAGACGGAAGUGCCGGUGGAGCGUGUGGAUAUGGUACCUUGGUGGACGUGAAGCCGUUGAGGGCGAGAGUAGGGGCGGUGGGGUCGGUACUGUUUAUGAAAGGGGAAGGGUGCGGUGCGUGUUACAAAGUGAAGUGCUUAGACAAUAGCAUAUGUUCUAGGCGAGCAGUUACGGUCAUAAUCACCGACGAGUGCCCUGGCUGCCCCACCGACUCCACCCACUUUGAUCUCAGCGGUGCUGCUUUUGGACACAUGGCUAUCUCCGGCGAAAAUGGUCAGCUCAGAAACCGCGGUCAAAUCCCUGUCAUUUACCGAAGAACUCCGUGUAAAUAUCCAGGGAGAAAAAUUGCCUUCCAUGUCAACGAAGGUUCCACACCAUUUUGGUUAUCACUUCUGGUUGAAUUUGAAGAUGCAGAAGGAGAUAUAGGCACCAUGCAUAUACGAGAAAAUGGUUCUAGUGAGUGGCUGCAAAUGAAUCAUGUGUGGGGUGCAAAUUGGUGCAUUAUUGGGGGGCCUUUAAGGGGACCAUACUCUGUUAAACUCAGCUCUUCCACUGGUAGAACCCUAUCAGCUAGAGAUGUUAUUCCUAGCAAUUGGGUUCCAAAGGCCACUUAUACUUCUCGCCUAAAUUUCUACCCUUAAAACACAUCCUUUGCAAUUGGUAAAAAAAAAAGAAAAACCAGUCAAGGAUCCUUCCUAAAGUGGGUGAGUAAUAACCACAUUUUACCUAGUUAAUUAAUUAAAGUUUGGCCAUGUCCCAUAACACAAAAAUAGUCUUCAUGGGUUCCCAACCCUCUUUCUAUUAGUUUGCAAUAUACACUUGUAAUUUUUUUAUAAAGAAAAGUAGCCAUUUGAUUGCACAAGGGCAUUCAAUGGUCUUUCUCUUUUCUUUUGUUUUCCUUUUUUGUUUUUGUAUACCUAAUUUUAUGGUGUGUCACUUUUGGUAGUAACUGUCUUAUGUAGCCCUCUCCGAAAUUGGAGAGAGAGCGUGUAGGGUAGCAUCCUUAAUUUUCUAUGGAGCUGAAUGUGUGUACUGAGCCAGUUAGGCCUUUAAUGAAUAUUUAUUUCCGAGCC